AUGCUGUCGUCUACGUCAAACACAAUCGUUGCUCGCUACGAAUGCGAUGGGAAGGACGUACCCAGAGUCUUGUGGAGAGUGCGAUACACCGGUCAGUCGUUGAAAGCUCGUGCCAAGCCUGCGUUCAAGACUAAGCAGCAGUUCAAGCGCGCAGUGGAGAUGCAUCUCGACUGGUCCAACCGCAUUCCAACUCCAUUCGUGACGUUGUUUGGGACAAGAGAACACGCAGUCAAAUGGGCGAAAAGCCACUUCGAACUUGGAUACGACGACGUAUUUCUUCUGAAAAUUAAUGCGUCAAAGCUGGGGUCAAUUUUUCAAGCGCGGUACUUAAUUCAGGACCCAGAUUUCCACAAUGACGAGUUCUUGGUGUUGAGGAAGAUCCCUCGACGGAGUAUUAUCCGGGAGACCUACUUGUCCUGCGCUGAGGGCGACUCGAGCGAGGACAGUGUUGGACGAAGUAGCGAAGAAGCUAGUGAGGAGGAUGAUGUAUUCUCUGGUUAG